AUGAGUAAAAUUAAACAAGAAAAAGAAAAAAAAAGGCUAAAAACUUCCCACAAUAUCGACCCACAAAUAGUAACAAAUAAUUCUGAUCUUGCUAUGAUGAAUAACAGUGACAACCCAGUUAUAAAAACUUCGCAACAAGAAGUAAUUGAAGCUGAACCUAAUGACAAUGAUUUUAUUAAAUUUGCAUUACCUCUUCUUGCCUAUCAUGAUUGGAUAAAAGAAGAAGAAAAGUCUAAAAACAUUAAUUUUAUAAAAAAACAUGGAACUUAUAUAAAUAAAAAUGAAAAAGGUUCUUGGUCAGAAUACUAUUGUUGCUCACGCGCAGGUAAUAAACGUAUACGAAAUGACCGUGUAGAAGGAGGAAAUUCAAACAAAAAACGACAAAUUCAAAAAGAAUCCAAAAAAGUCAGUUGUGAUUGUACCUUACGAGUUCAUUAUAAUCUGACCAAUUUUCCUGAAGUAGUUGUAAUACAUUAUUGGUAUAAGCAUAAUGGGCAUGUGCCUGGUAGUCGUGCUGAUGUUAAAUAUUUAAGAAAAUUAGAAGAAAUCAUUACUGAAAUUAAAAAAUUUGCACGGCAAGGACUAUCUCUCUCAGCCAUCCGCCAUGAUAUUGUUCCAAGCAGAGACGAAUUGUUAACAUACGAAGAUAUAUAUAAUAUUAUAUAUAAGGAAAUUCAUAUGAAGUAUCGAUAUGAUGAUUAUGACAUGAAAAGCAUUCGACAAUGGGCUGAUAUUUUAAGAGAAAAUAAAAACAAACCUAACAAUUUAAAUAACCCUGUCCUUUCAUUGUUUCAAGUUCCUGAUGAAAUGUGGAUGGAAUGUUAUCGUCAUGAUAAAGUUCAGGGAAUUAAUACAAAUAACUAUAUAGAGGCUUACCACAAAAAAAUCAAAUAUCUCUACCUUAUGACAUGUGUUAACCGGCGAAUUGAUUAUCUUAUUCAUGAAUUAGCCCUAAAAAUAUUGCCCGAUUACCAAGAAGAAAUUAUUCAAUAUGAAAUGGGAAUUGGGAGAAUGGGUCCUCACCAAAAAAUCAUGCGGAGAUUUGAAAUAAAUUCAACUAGUAUUGAUGAAAGUUCUAUUUUUCGUUUAGAUGAAUCUACAUUUAUCAUUAGGUCGACCGAAGGUGAGGGUGAUUACACAAUUCAAAAAACCAGAGAUGAUAAAUUAACCCUAAUUUGCAAUUGUGAAGCAUAUUUAAGAAAUCCAGAACCUUGUAAGCAUAUUUUUGUGGUUUCUCGAAAAUACAGCAUUAAAAUGCCAGAGCAAACAACCUACAUGCUUGCUAAUAAUAAUGAUAUUCAAACUUAUAAUAAGCGGGUUGAUAAUAAUAUUAUCAUCAUUAACGAUAUGGAAAAACAGAUAAAUGAAAUAAAUUGUCAUAUAGAUCAAUGGUUAGUGCGAAUAGGAAAUCUUCAUCAACAAAUCGACUUAAAUAAAAUACCUUUAGAAAAAAAAAAAGAUAUUGUUAUUAAAUUAGAAGAAAUAUAUGAUAUCUUUUUUAAGGCGCUAUAA